CGAUUAUCAGCGAGUGUUGUAAAGGGUUGACAACUUGCACAAAGUUGUUUGAACAAAGCGGUUAUGUCGGAUAAUAUACCACCACCUCCUCCCAUUCCUCCUGUACCCAUACCGUUCAGUUUACCGCCAGAGCUUCUUGAAGAUGACGAGUUUACAGAAAAAAGAUACCAGAAAGAGCUGCAAUUUCUAAUGGUUGGUGCAAUAGAAAGAGGAGACACAAGUCAUCUACAAGACCUUGUGGACAGGGGAGUAAACACUAAUGCUACUAUUAUACUGGUUAAAAAACCACUCACACAGGCUUUAGAACAGAGUGAAGUUUCGUAUCAUAUAAUAAAAACAUUAUUAAAGGCUGAAAGUACUGAUCCAAACCUUGCAGAGUCAACACCCAGAGGGUUGAGGCCGAUGCACAUUGUUGCUAAAUUAGGACAGGUUGAACUUGCAAAGUUAUUUCUGGAGGGAAGCAAGAAAUCAGUGUGUGACGUCAAUGCUACUGAAAAAGGUGGAGCAACGCCACUACAUUUUGCAGCGAGGUAUGGACACAGUGAUUUGGUAAAAUACUUACUUGAAAAACAUGCUGACAUGCUCAAGGUAGACGACUGUGGCAGAACUGUGUUACACAGGGCCUGUGAGUAUAAUCAUAAGAAUGUCGCUCAAAUUUUUAUUGACAGUGGCAUGGAUGUAAAUAUAACUGAUAACUAUGGAUGGACACCUUUAUUUCAUAGUGUUUUCUUCAGUAAUAUAGAAAUGAUUGAAUUCUUACUCGACAAUGGUGCAAGAGUAGAUAUUAAAGAUUUUUAUGGAAUCUCACUAUUACAGCUUGCUUGGUAUAAUACUGUUUCCCCAUUAAAUGAGGACCAUCUGCCAGAGAAAGUUGUCUUAACAACAAAUUUUGACUUGGUUGAUAGAAAUAGGUCAAUUCCAUCAGAAGAGUUCCAAAAGUUAAUGACUUCAGAUAUACUAGUCAGGAUUUUCCAGCAAAAUGACAGAUGUUUUGAUUGUGUGAAAAUGUUGAUAAAUGCUGGUGCUGAUCCAAAAGAAUAUCGCCAUGACAACAUGCAAUGUAAUAUAUCCUCAACGUUGGCACAAAUUCGGGCUUAUGUUAUACUUGCUGGUGCAAUGCUUGACCCACGGGAUAUCUGGGUAGAUGAUAUCACACCUGAUAACACAGACAGGGAGAGUGCAUGGUUUUCCCAUCAAAUGUUCGACCAGAUUAACCUUUUCCGACAGUGUAGCUACAGGAUACGAAAAUGUCUGGCUCCUACAAGGAACAUUCAUGCAGCAAUUGACAAAUUACCUCUUCCAAAGGGUCUGAAGGAAAAAUUGAAACUAGACAAGGAUUUUGAAUUAUUUAUGUAUUAUUUAGAAGAAGGGCUUCGCCAGUAGUUAGUCAUUACCUGAAUGUAAGUUUAAUAGAAAGUUUUAUUUAACAUGUUUUUCUCACCGCUGAUUUAAGAUUAGUAGUCUUGCCACUUGCGUAGAAAUUGGUAAUUACUGGUUUGUAAUCCAGGAAAGGUGGUUAGGUGGAUUGACCGUGGAGAUAUGACAAACCAAAACAUGUGUUGAAAUCUGAAUAAGAAAUCGAGAAAAACAAAGAACAUUUACAUUUUGUCCUCUAAUUGAAGAAAAACAAUAGGUUAAGGAAUAUUGAAUUGUAUUUCUUUAUUUUUUCUUCCUUUCUUCUUUGGUGCCAUAUUGAAGUAUGGGUAUGGUUAUCCAGUUUUGUCUAGAAUUAUUGUGAAGUUGUUUGUUUUCUUAAGUAUUUUAUAGUUUUUACUGUUGUUGUUUCUCUGAUUGAAUAUUUUGGAAUUUGCUUUAUUUUAUACUUUUUAAAACAGAAAUUGUAUCUGCUUCAUUAGGAAUAUUAACAAUAUCUUGUCUUUCAGUUUCUAUAGGUAUGUCUGGUAAUUUGAUAUUUUGAAAUGCGUGAUUAGAUGUUAAUAUUCAUUGUUACAGGUAAACUUAAAUCACUGUCAUUACUUAAACCAUGAUUUUUUGUUGGUACCGUAAUAA